UCUAUUUUUCUCAUUCUCCUCCUCGUAUUCUUGAUAUUCCUUCUACUCUUAUUAUCUUUUCAAAUAUAUCCCACCAAGUUAAAUUUAUUUCCAAAUAUUCGCUUUUAUAAAUAACAACAUAUUCAUUCUUCUUCCUUUUGCUUCAUUCUAGCUCUUUUUUCUGAUAUACUCUUUUCAUGGCUAAUGAAUAUGAUGGUGUUAGAUAUGAAGAGGAAUAUAUAUUGAAUUCUAGAGGAAUGAAACUAUUUACAUGUAGUUGGCUGCCUAUAGAUUGUGAACCAAAAGCUUUGAUUUUUCUCUGCCAUGGAUAUGCUAUGGAGUGCAGUAUUUCAAUGAAAGAUACUGGAAUUAGAUUGGCGAAAGCAGGAUUUGGAGUUUAUGGAAUGGAUUAUGAAGGCCAUGGAAAAUCAGCUGGACUUCAAGGCUUUGUUUCCAGUUUUGAUGCUGUUGUUGAUGAUUGCUCUGAUCAUUAUUCAAAAAUUUCUGAAAGGAAGGAAAAUAAGAAGAAGAUGAGAAUAUUGAUGGGAGAAUCAAUGGGAGGAGCUGUGGCUCUACUUUUACAUAGAAAGAAAUCUGACUUUUGGGAUGGUGCUGUUUUAAUUGCUCCAAUGUGUAAGAUUGCGGAUGAUAUGAGGCCAUCUCCAAUAGUGAUAAGUAUUUUGACCAAACUUUGCAACAUUAUCCCAACCUGGAAACUAAUUCCUACUCAAGAUGUUGUUGAUUCUGCCUUCAGAGACCCUCAAGUUAGAAAAGAGAUCAGAAAUAAUCCAUAUUGCUACAAGGGACGACCUCGCCUACAAACCGGGUACCAACUAUUUACUGUUAGCAUGGAUUUGGAGCAAAGACUUGAGGAAGUUACAUUGCCAUUUCUAAUUGUACAUGGAGGAGAGGACACAGUUACUGAUCCAUCUGUGAGCAAACUUCUAUACGAAAAGGCCUCGAGCAUCGACAAGAGCUUCAAGUUGUACCCUGGAAUGUGGCAUUCACUUUCCUAUGGUGAAUUUCCUGAGAACAGAAACAUCGUGUUUUCGGACAUUAUCAGUUGGCUCAAUGAGAAAAUCAGUAUGGGCAAUUCAAGGCUGGAGAGACAACAAAAACAUGCAAAUGACAAUUUACCAAAGAUCAGUAGUUAGGCUUAUUCCUAUGUUGCUGAUGGCUGUGGUAUUUGAUACCUGUAAAACAAGAAAAAGAUAAGAGAAGCACAAUUCUUUAUAAAGAGUGCUGAAUUGCAAACUUCACAAAUUGUGAUCUGUCAAGUGGUUAAUGAGGGAGAGGCUCGAAUCUUUGAUGCUAGAAGUUGUGUAUGGUUUCUUCAUUUCUGUAUAAUAUGAUAGCAACAGUGUAAGUGGCGGAA